AUGAAUAUUCAUGAUGAGCUCGCUGAGGAUGACGUUUCCGAUACCUAUGACGAGGAUGAGGAAAUGACCAACGAACAGAAAGACCAAAUGGCAGUAGGGUUGGCACAAGUCCGCUCAGUAUUGGGCGAGAAGGAUGCAUCUGGAGUGGAUGACAAGCAAAUCAAGGAUGCACUAUGGGAUUCUUACUUUGAUGUAGAGGGGACAAUUUCUUGGCUGUUAGACCAAAGGGCCAAGGAGGCUGCUGCUGCCGCUAAAAAAGCAAUCACGGUCGAUUCUGAGCAUGCCUACACCUUAGUCCCCGAUCAAGAUGAAGCUAUACAACUACCUUUAUCCGCCCUUCAAAGACUUGCGUUGCAGCGCCGACAAGCUGGAUCGUCUUCGGCUAGCCACACCACCGACAAACCAAGUGGACUUGCCGGACUUGCCAAGGGGCUCUCAAAGAAGUCCUUGAGUGUCGGGCCGCCUUUAAGCGCUACCCCUACUCCAGCCAACCCUCCGCCUAAAUCAUCCAAACUCUCUGCAUUGGCCCAGAAGUCAGCUUCACUAAGAGCCAAUCCUGUCGCAAAACCCCCAGCGCCACAAACCAAUACCCCGACCAACAUGCCACUUUCGAAACUUGCGCUACGUAUCAAGGCACAGAAGGACGCUCAAGAAGCGGCAGCACAACCUCAAGUCAAAAUAGAUCCACAUGAGCUAGAACUUGAUACACAACCUUUCAAGCCUGAAUUCGAGCGCUUUGGCAAUUUACGACCCAACGAUCCUUACAUAGCAGCGGACCCCCAGGUAGCCCUUCUGCGCAAACUUAGGACUGGCCCAUCUCUCUUCGGGGACAUUCUGGCUUCUAGGCAGGACUCAACCAACGUAGCGGUCUCGUUGGCGCAAGUUUACUCUGGCAUAGUCUCUGGACCUCCAUCGGCUUUUCAGUUCAAUACACCUUCUCCUGACGAUGCAGUUAUGGCCGCACGAGAGGGGACGCGCCUGAAUGCCUACAAGAAGGCGUCUGGCAUACCUCCAUCGAACAAGGCUACUCCCAAAACGGCACCUUCACAGCGUCCUUCCGGUUCAAAGAAGCAAUUGGAACAGGAAACAACGCAAAAUGCUGACACAUUAGAUAUGGAUAUGGCCGGUCUCAAUAUUGUCAAGCCACAGGACUCGCAGCCCGAAGAGGAGGCUCCUCCCAAGAUAUCCAUCGCUCGGGAGCGAAUACUUGAAGAGGCUAGGAAAGAGGCCACUUCAGGGGAUUCAGAUGGACGGAAGCGACUAAGUUUGGUUGUAAUUGGACACGUUGACGCCGGAAAGUCGACAUUAAUGGGGCGGCUUUUGUACGAAUGUGGCCAGGUUGAAGAAAAAAGGCGGAGGGAACACGAGCGCGCCAGUGAAAAGGCUGGAAAGGCAAGUUUUAGUUGGGCAUGGGAGCUUGACGCAGGGGCGGAGGAGCGUGAGAGGGGUAUUACUAUGGACAUUGCUCAGUCCGUACUUCCGACGGAGCAUCGGAUAAUUUCAAUUCUUGAUGCGCCUGGGCACAAAGAUUUCGUGCCAAACAUGAUCUCGGGCGCAUCUCAAGCGGAUUGUGCCCUUUUAGUAGUGGAUGCCGCAACUGGAGCUUUUGAAAAAGGCUUUGAAGGAGGCGGACAAACCCGUGAACAUAUUGGGGUUGUCCGCAGCCUGGGUGUAAGGAAUAUCGUUGUUGCUGUAAACAAGAUGGAUAUGGUUGACUAUCGAAAAUCAAGAUUUGACGAGAUUCAAGUCGCUUUACUUCCCUUCCUUGUUCAAGCAGGGUUCAAUACAUCUCGCGUCACAUUUGUUCCGUGCGCGGGUGUCUCUGGUGUCAAUCUAACCAAGUCAGAGGAACCAGCAUUGCAAUCAUGGUGGGAUGGUAAACCGAUCGUCGAUCACCUAGAUCGACUUGAACCUCCUAUCCGAGAUUUUGACACACCUCUCCGAAUUCCGAUAUCCAAUGUUUUCAAGGGGGUGACUUCUUCUGGAAUUGGGAUAUCGGGUCGCAUUAGUGGCGGAAUUGUACAAGUGGGAGAAAGAGUUCGGAUUGUUCCGGGCGACGAGACAGCGGUCAUCAAAAGUAUCGAGAAGGACGACGUCAACGUACAGUGGGCCGCAGCUGGAUCCAACGUCACAAUUUAUCUGGCCAAUAUUGAUCCAAUACACCUCAGCAUCGGCUCUGUUUUAUGCUCGCCGGGUGAUAUAGUACCAUUGGCUUCUUCGUUCAAUGCUCAAAUAAUCGUAUUCGACAUUCAAUUGCCUAUUAUUGGUGGCUCUUCUGUUGAGCUAUUCCAUCAUUCGCGCGAGGUACCGGCCUCGGUAUCGAAGCUCAUCGAGACAGUCGAUCGGGCCACGGGUGCAGUAAUCAAGCGAAAUCCUCGCGUUCUCCCGAAGUCGAGCUCGGCCAAAGUAACCAUCUCUCUUCGGGUUUCUUCUGGGCCAUCCGCUCGACCAGCCUCCAUUCCUCUGGAGCCCUUUUCAGUAAAUAAAGAAAUGGGUCGUAUUUUGCUUAGACGCGGGGGUGAGACAAUUGCUGCAGGCGAGUAA